GUUUGAGCGGCGGCAGAAACCAUGGACGUGGACGCUGAGAGAGAGAAGAUCACGCAGGAGAUCCAGGCGCUGGAGCGGAUCUUGGGCCCCGGCCCGGCGGGCUUCGAUGAGGAGGUGUCAGAGUCCAGCCUCGAGUCGGAUUCCGAGGCGGGGGACGCGGAUUCGCUGCCCGACGAGGACUCCGCCACUGCUGGUCCCCCCGUCUCGGAAGGAGAGAGGUGGGACGGAGCCAGCAAUGACGAGGACGACCCCAAGGGGAAGACGCUUCCCGAGGACCCGGAGACCUGCCUGCAGCUGAACAUGGUCUACCAGCUGGUGCUGCAGGAGAAGCUGGCGGAGGUCAGCCUGCUGCUGGCCCAGAACCAGGAGCAGCAGGAGGAAGUCAUGUGGGACCUGGCAGGGUCCAAAGGCCCCCGGCUGAAGGACAGCAAGAGCCUGCCCCUGAACCUGUACGUCGGGCACUUCCUCAAGCCCUACUUCAAGGACAAGGUCACCGGAGUGGGGCCUCCUGCCAACGAGGACGCGCGGGAGAAGGCUGGCCAGGGCAUCAAGACCUUUGAGGAGCUCCUGGUGACCAAAUGGAAGAGCUGGGAGAAGGCCUUGCUCAGGAAGGCGGUGGUGAGCGGCCGCCUGCAGCGCCUGCUUCAGCCCAAGUUACUGAAGCUCGAGUACCUGCAGCAGAAGCUGAGCAAGGCCACGAGCGAGGCGGAGCGGGAGGCCCUAGAGAAGCAGAGCAGCAAGGCCGAGGAGGAGAUCCGCGACAUCAACCAGCUCCCGGAGGAGGCCUUGCUGGGCAGCAGGCUGGACAGCCACGACUGGGAGAAGAUUUCCAACGUUAAUUUUGAGGGCGGCCGCAGCGCAGAGGAGAUCCGGAAGUUCUGGCAGAACUGGGAGCACCCCAGCAUCAACAAGCAGGAGUGGACCAGGCCAGAGCUGGAGCAGCUGAAGGCCAUCGCGGCCAAGCACGGCCACCUGCACUGGCAGGAGAUCGCCGAGGAGCUGGGGACCCGGCGCAGCGCCUUCCAGUGUCUGCAGCAGUUCCAGCAGCACAACAAGGCCCUGAGGCGCAGGGCGUGGACGGAGGCGGAGGACCGCAUGCUCACGCAGCUGGUGCAGGAGAUGCGCGUGGGCAACCACAUCCCCUACCGCCGAAUUGUCUACUACAUGGAGGGGAGGGACUCCAUGCAGCUCAUCUACCGGUGGACCAAGAGCCUGGACCCCCGCCUCAGGAAGGGCCUCUGGACCCCCGAGGAAGACACGAAGUUGCUUCAGGCCGUUGCCAAAUACGGGGAGCACGAUUGGUUUAAAAUCCGGGAGGAGGUGCCAGGGAGGAGCGACGCCCAGUGCCGGGACCGGGUAUUUUGAUCCCCCCACAAUGAAACCUAUUCCCCAGCAAAGAAAACAAG